UAUAGCCCAGUCAUCACACGUGGACCAAUGUUGCUGGUGGAGUGAUGAUAUUCAUUUUAAUUUUUAUACCGUAUUGCCAAACAUGUUAUAUAAAUAUGCAAAUUUGCAAUAUGCAAUAUUUAUAACCUAUACAAUAGAAAAUGACCAAAUCGGUUGGAUAUAAUAAACUUUUUUGUUUUUAAAACAUUGCAUACUUUAAAGAAUCGAUACCGAAAGCGGGAGGGCUAUUUUCAGAAACUAAAGGGGAAAUAUUUAAAUGCCAGCUGUCAAAAGCGAGACAAAAAUAGCUGAAUUACUUGGAAAUAGUGGAUAUAAGUGUGCACAUAACUAACUGUAGCACAGUCGCUGUUGCUGGAUCGUUGCGGCAAUAAACGGAGCUGUACAGAAGAGCAGACCUACAACAUCCGGGCAAUACUCAGCUUGCGCAGAAACGGAAUGGCGGAGGCGAGAGGACGAGGUACAGUGAUGAAGGCCCUCAGCGGGAGAAGCAGAAGUCUUAACCGGCCUUAGAGGAGUUGGAGGAGAACUUUCGCCCCAUGAAGAUGACAGCGCAGUCCCACCCUGCCGGUGAGCUUCCGUUGGAGGAGCUGCUGGCGCUGUACGGCUACACGGUGUCAGAUCCCGAGAAGGAGCCCUGUCACAUGGCUGCCAGCCUGCCAGACAUGACACUGGACAAGGAUCAGAUAACUGAGGAUCUCUUUCCCGGGGAGGAGGAAGAGGAAUCGUCAGCUGAUGAUCUCACCCCCUCAGUCACCUCACACACCUCAGAUCUGCUCCGCCGCCUCCAAGGUGGAGACAAAGACACAUUAGUCAGCUCAUCAGAGGAAGACUCUGACGAUGCUUCUGUUCCCUCCAAUGAAGAGCACAAGGAGAUCAUGGUUGGCUCUAUGUACCAGGCAAAAAUCCCUCCACUCACUUCAUAUAGCUACCAGGAGAGAGCCGGCAGUAGUGAGGACCAGUUGCUGUGGAGGCCAGGCGUUCUGCCGGUGCAGGAAGUGGAAGAGUUCUUGCUGAAUGCACAGAGACCGUUUGGCCAGGAGGGGGCAGCAUGCACACAAACACGAGGAGACACUGUUCGAGACAAUCAACAGGCACUGUAUCAACUAGUGAAAUGCAACUUCGAUGCAGAAGAAGCACUGAGACGAUUACGCUUCAAUGUGAAAGUGUUCAGCGAAGAGCUUUGUGCGUGGAGUGAGGAGGAGUGCAGGAGCUUUGAGCACGGCUAUCGGGUUUACGGGAAAAACUUCAACCUCAUUCAGGGUAAUAAGGUACGAACGCGCUCCGUAGGGGAGUGUGUGGAGUAUUACUACAUGUGGAAGAAGUCUGACCGCCACGAGUACUUCACCCAGCAGGCCACCAGGCUCAGCCGCAAGAAGUUCAACCUGCAAUCAGGGAGCAUGGAGGAUGGAGACCAGGACGGGGAGGUUGGGGAGCUGGAGGGAGACAACAAUUCCUCGGGCUUGUUGUCUCACAGCUCCAUGAGCACCGGGCAGCUGCAGUCCCCGUUACCUCCCCCGUCCAGCCCGGACCUGGACAAACAAGAUGGUGAGCUGGUGAUGGGGCUGUCAGACUUGUGUGGUGACGGAUGUCCUCAGCAGCUGUUUGGAUGUCCCUUCUCUCUCCCGCCCGUGGACGAUCUGCGGGAUCCUGGCUCAGGCGGCUGUUGUCCCUCAGCUCUAGUUCAGCUCCAGUCCCAGCCAUCCUCCCAGAGCGGUCAGUGGGCCGACGGGAGCCCUCCGUCCUGCCACGACGACCAUCGCCUCACAGGCUCCUGUUUUUACCAGCUACACAUGUGUAGUGGACCUUUUGUUUCUGAGGACCCUGACUGUGGUGCAGCAGGCGGUGGGACCGGCUCCCCCCUCGGGCUGCAGGUGGAAUUUAGCCUGCCAUCUGCCUCGCCCCCCUCCUCUUCUGUCCUCCCAUCACACUUCCAAGCACUUGGCAGCCUUCUGCAUGCCUCUCCCGUCCAGCACCCCCGCUCUCUCACACAGUGAGGGGACGUGGGGGGAAAUCAAAACUGAGUGGUACUCUUAAAGCUUUGCCCUGUUGGUUGUUGUUUUUUUACACCGGGCUUAAAGACACCAGGACAAAAAGUGCAUUUACGUAACUUUGUGAGAAAGGAUGGACCUACUACCUGUGUCUGUCUGAACCCUCUUUUUAAACUGAGACACUUGAACCCUCUGUCCAUUUGUGGAACGCCGAGUGUAAAUCACUUGUUUCAGGUGUUGAUUAUGUGUUUUAUGAACCGUUUAUUACCACGACCUGCACCAGAGCUGCUGUUCGUCUCUGAUACAUGUGAAAGCUCCGUGCAGGUGACGAGAGCUGCAAUCAAACCAGAAGCAAGUGGCGAGCAGUCCAUGUUUCCUAAAAACAGAUCAAUGAUUUACAAUGUUAACCACUGUUCUUCUUUCUUAUUUAUCAGUUUAACUGCAGCUCAGAUUUCAUCCAAACGUCUUUAAAAACAGCAAAUCACGUGUUUUUUUUCUUUCUCCUUGUGUGUUCUGCAUGUUGGGCCACGGUGACACGGUUGCUGGAAGUCUGUUCAAACUAUAUAAUUUAUUUAAACAUCAAGUUUGAACCUCCUUUUUAAUUAAGUCUGUAAUUGAUGUCGAUUUUGAGUUUGCACUCCCAGCCUCCUCCACUCCACCCGACUGAAAACGUUUGGCUGAGAUCGUUCUCAAUCACUUUGUUUGAAUAUGAAGAGCUGAAACUAAAAUAACUUUUUUCUGACGUUGAGAUUUUGAGAGAAACGCUCAAUAUUUUUGCCGGUUUUAUUUUUGAUUUGUGGAAUUUUUCAUCCUUUUUUUUUUUUUGUUCGUUCUUCAUUUGAAGAAUUACAUAGAGAUUUAUAACGGUGCAGUGUUUUGUCGUCAUUUCUGAUCGCCCCUUUGCAUCAUGUUGAAUAUUAAUACCAUUAGGCAGCCUGUUUGACAUGCGGAAUAAGCGUGAAAUAAAAUGUGUAAAGGUAAAGUCUCUACCCACUGUG